AUGCACCGCUUGAUGGGGGUCAACAGCACCGCCGCCCUCGCCGCCGGGCAGCCCAAUGUCUCCUGCACGUGCAACUGCAAACGCUCUUUGUUCCAGAGCAUGGAGAUCACAGAGCUGGAGUUUGUUGAGAUCGCCAUCAUCGUGGUGGUGGUGAUGGUGAUGGUGGUGGUGAUCACGUGCCUCCUGAGCCACUACAAGCUGUCGGCGCGCUCCUUCAUCGGCCGGCACAGCCAGGGCAGGAGGAGAGAAGAUGCCCUCUCUUCGGAAGGAUGCCUCUGGCCCUCGGAGAGCACAGUGUCAGGCAACGGCAUCCCAGAGCCGCAGGUCUAUGCCCCUCCGAGGCCCACCGACCGUCUGGCCGUACCCCCCUUCACCCAGCGGGACCGCUUCCAUCGCUUCCAGCCCACGUACCCGUACCUGCAGCAUGAGAUCGACCUGCCGCCCACCAUCUCGCUGUCGGACGGGGAGGAGCCCCCGCCCUACCAGGGCCCCUGCACCCUCCAGCUGCGGGACCCCGAGCAGCAGCUGGAGCUGAACCGCGAGUCCGUGCGUGCCCCCCCGAACAGAACCAUCUUCGACAGCGACCUGAUGGACAGCGCCAUGGUGGGCGGCCCCUGCCCCCCCAGCAGUCACUCGGGCAUCAGCGCCACGUGCUACGGGGGUGGCGGGCGCAUGGAGGGGCCGCCUCCCACCUACAGCGAGGUCAUCGGGCACUACCCUGGGUCCCCCUCCUUCCAGCACCAGCAGAGCAGCGGGCCGCCCUCCUUGCUGGAGGGGACCCGGCUCCACCACGCACACAUCGCCCCCCUGGAGAGCACAGCUGCCUGGAGCAAAGAGAAGGAUAAACAGAAAGGUCACCCUCUCUAGGAAUGCCGGGGCCCGGGGCCGGGGCCGGGGCAGCAGGAGGUAAAAGGCGAAACACUCCGCACUUCUUGAACGAGAAGACAGAGGAGGACUGGGCGGCACCCACAACAUUCGGCGCGUCACCAUCCCCUCCCCCUCUCUCUGUGUAUAAAUAUUUACAUGUUCUGUCUGGUCUGAAUGCACAAGCUAAGAAAGCUUGCAAAAAAUCACGUUUCUUUGUUGAGCUGUGUCUUGAAGGCAAAAGAGAAAAA